AUGGCGGCAGAAGAAGAAGAUGACGAUAUCUGGGACAGUUGGGAAGAUAUGGCAGAUUCUGGGGUAAAUAAUCUGCAGAUAAUGUUUAUUUUCCUCACUUUUGUAAUUCAUAUAAAUUUCUGCCCAGUCAAAACUCCCAUUUUUUGAGGGUUUUUUCUCGUAAAUUGUAUCAAUGAACUGUAAGGUAGUAUUCACAUCUGCCAGUAAUUAACCCCUGGAUUCCAGGAAUGACAUCGUGUUCCAACCGCUGUCGAUCUAGUAAUGAUAAUACUACUUUUGGAGAAACAGGUUUUUACCUAUAAUUUUUAAUUGCCAAUGAAUUUAUUGGUCGAUUUUACAACUGAUUUCAUUUAUAGGAAUUAGAAAGACGAAUGGAAGAACGGGAGAAACAGAUACGAGAAAAAGACCAGAAACCUUCAAUUACAUCUAUAAAGUAAGAAGAGUCACAAUACAAAGCUAAAUCAAAAAAAGUAUAUAACAUAAAGGAAAGUCUCAAGUGAGUAUUUUUGUGGUUAAAUUGAAGGACAUUGAAGCAAUUUCCAUAUACUGUACUGUAAAGAUAAAAAAUAAAUUCAGUAAUAUUUUAUUUCCAACUUUCCCUAUAAAUUAAACUCAAUUGUCCAUAAGUGUUCGCGAGGAAAAACGUUUCAAAAAGCCUCUUCAUCAUAAAACCAUGUCUGUAUGGUAUCCAGUGCCAGACUGCUGCCUUGUGAAUGCUUUACAUGUAUUGAGUUAGGAAGAUCACUCCUACAUUUUUUUUAAUUAUUUCCUUCAUUUCAACAAUCACAACCUUUGAAUAAUUACAAAAAAAUAAAGGAAAUGGAGAAGGGCAUAAUAUAGCAAGCUAAUUAGAUGUCCUUUUACACUAAAUUACAAUUUUUCAUAGUCAGUAAAACAAGAGGAGUACAUACGUAAGAGAGGGAAUUGGGAUCACACCUUUAACAACAAAUGUAAUAAUAGCACGUGGUAAAAGGAAGAUAUUUAUUAAUACUGAGAAAAGUAGAACAUAAGAAUUGCUUUUUCAAAGAUUUUCCUAGUGGGUUUCUCCCAUAUUGACAUAGGAAUAUCAUUCUAACUGCACAUCUUCAAUAAUUUUUUUUUUAAUUUUUAUUUUAUCUCGAAUUAUUAUGAUUUUUUUUUUAACAUACCUCACGACUUGUAGGGCCAGUUAUUUACAUGAAGUCUAACCCAAACUGCAGUUUUACAGAAGCUGUGGACCUCAGGUUUUCUCUUUGGUGUAAUUAAAUCAAUGCCCUUCCACUGUUAGCGUUUGGUCCUCUUGAUACUGUUCAUAAUUAUGGAUGAUCAGUUAAAAAGUUCAGCUGAAUUGAAGAUAAUUUAGAUCACAGUUUUGUUAAACAUUGGUUAAACUUUGUUUGUAUUCAGACCUUUAUGUGGGGACUUGUUUUGGGCAUAAGUGAAAUGAAACUGAUAGUAAAUCAUAGAAACAAUUCUACUUGCUCAUCAUUUCUUUUAGAAAGCAAGAAACUAAGACAGGUUCAUCCAUUCUGAUGCAAGAAGAUACAAACCGAACUCUGUACAAGCCACAGGUAAUUAAAAUUGUAGUUGAUAAAGCGUGCAUUUAAUAUGAUAUACUAUGUACUAUAGUCCUGUAUACUUUCAACUAGAAAGCUAGCUCUCCUUACUGAUGACUACAUUAUUUUUGUGGCUAGUGCCUCCCAUAGGAGGCCAUUAGUCACAUAUGUACAUGUGCAUUGUCAAGAUGAGUGAGCAAGUAAGUGAAUGUAACAGUAGAAUUUCAAUCUUGAACCAAUUUUGACCUGAUGUUUCCUGGUACUACUUAAUGUUUUUUUUCAAAUUAUCUUAGUCUCAAGUAGUUCAACAUUUGCACUCGAUACACAGUUGAGUUCUCUCCUUUUUUGAUUUCUGACUUCUAGCCACUAGUGAAUUAUGUUUUCAGCUCUUCCCAUGACACAACAGAGGACAGCAGGAGAUAAUAAACAUCUCACAAUAAUUUUAGAAUUGCACGUAAUUUACAGAAAAAGUUUUCCUUGUAGAAAUAUUGUAAUAGGUAUGAUCUGCACAUCAUGGAACUGAAAAGAAAAUUAUUUUCUUUGAAGAGAGAAUAUUUUACCAUUUAAAUCAGCAAACUAAGAGGAGAUUGAUCUUCUCAGUUUUUGCCCUCACACUACAAAAGACAAUGAAUAUAUCAAAAUUAUUUCACAGUGGCAUCCAACAAGGCAUUGUUUAAAUCAAAACUUUUCCAUUGCAUGCAGAAAUAUCUGAAUAGAUCCAAUCUGAACAUUCAAACAGCUUGAAUCUGCAACUUAUUCUGAAAAGAGCCACUAAGUUGCAAAGGGAGCCUCUGCAAAACACAAUACCAUGAGUUGUUCAACAAAAUGAUGGAAUGGAGGAACAGUGGAUCAGUGGAUCCACAGAAUGGUAGAAUAUCUUCAAUAAGACAAGGAAUGAUGGAAUAUCCUAAAAUGCAGAAUGCCUUUUUGUAUAAAACAAAAGUCUCAAGAAAUGGAAUUGCAAUGGAAAUAAUAAAAUUAUUUAAAUCAAACAGCAGAAUUAAAAGAGGCAUAGGUGAUCAUUGUUGAAAGAGGACUGGGGAGCCAUAGGGCUUUAGAGCUGGCCCUUUUAAGUUAAAUAUUAUAAUAUCAUGAUUGUUAUCAUUUUUAUUAUUGUUAAUAUUAUUUGUUUCCAUUUAAUUAUUAGGUUAAUGUCAAUUAGACAAUAUAUUAUUGAAUCGUCUUUCUCUUGUGGAACAGGGUACUCAUAAAUAUUUAGGAUGCAGCAGGUUUUCUGUUUUGCAUGUGAGACAAAUAUUCUGCAAUGCCACCUUCUAGUGUCAUUGUACAACCCCAGGAACAAUCAGUACUAUAGAUAAUUAUUAUCCUUGAAAUUGUUUGUCAAGUACACUGUCAAGUAUAACCAUCAGCAAAAUGAAAACAAAGAAAGCAAAUUAGCUGAGUAAAUUAAGUAAAACUGCAGAGCCUCUCUCUACAAAAUUCUCAGUAGCCUUCCUCAUCACAAUUUAGGUGACACCAGUGUAUUGAGGUGAUUUUAUCCUUGUGUAAAUUGCAUUUAGCCUCAUUCUUACUUGCAUAACAAUAAAAUGGGGAAUAAACAGGGGUUUUCAGGCCCAAGAUACUACCAGUUUGGAUGAUAGUAUAGUAUGUACAGUAUAGUACUGUGCAUUAUGUUGGUAAGAUUUGAACCUGCAAGUUGUAUGUGGUUUAGUGUUUUCAAGUUGCCAGAUUCUGAACUUCAUUUAAACUGUUUCUUUUAAUUUUUAUAUUGUAGUUGAGAAUAUUAAAACGACCAGAUUCUGGUGGAACAAAUAAUUUGAAAAAUCAGGAAUCCUCCAAGGAGAAGCCUGCUCAUAAAACAUUAGCAGAGAGACAAGCACAAUAUGCAGAGGCUAGGUAAGGAAAUUUUUCAAAGUGAGACAAGCCUGGAACAGGUGUAAAUUGUUCUAGAUAUAUACAGUUUUUUUAGUAACCUUUUAAUCCAUAAAAGUAAACAAUAUAUAGCAGUAGUAUCAUAAACCUGGUUAACCCUUUAAUUCCCUUGAGGAAUUUUAUUUUUGCAAUACUAAUGCAAUAUCAAGCAGACAAGUGAUGAGAAUAAAAAAACAUAUAUCAAUUAGGGGAUUUCUAAUUGAUCCAAUUUCUAAAUCUCCAAACCAACAUUAUAAGAAUUGUAUGGCAAACAGUAGGGAGAAUUACAAAUGAGAUCUGGGGGGUGAAAGGUUAAAAGGUACAUAGUGUAGAUGUAGUUGUCUAACAAAUAUGCUGAAUAUUGUUGAAUGAUCUCUGCAACAAUGGCAUGGGGAUUAUUCAACAAUAUUCACUGAGCCUGAGGCAAAUAAUUGUUUUAUUAUAUUUGUUUAAGUGCUUUCCUUUUAAUCCUGAAACUAUUCUGUUUAAAUUGUUUCGAUUAAGAGCCAGUUUACAGUAGAAUUUAACAGGUUCACUUAAUUCAUACAUGUAUCUUUGUUUUGGAAAGUGAUACUCCAAUCUUAGUAGCAUCUUUUGUGCUCUUUGAAAUUGAAUUUUUUUUUAUUGCAUUCAUCAUUUCCUUAAUAACACUAACAAGAUGUGAGGCAUGCAGCCACUUUGAAAUUUAGCACUCUCGCUAAGAUCACCCCACAUUAGGUGACAAUAGCAAGAUUUGUUGGAAUCCUUGACCAAUCAUAGUGUGUGUAUCUCCAUAAUCACCAGAGCAAUCAUACUAAUAAGUAAAUAAUAAUAAUGGAUUUUUUCUUGUUAAUUUUAUUAUUCUUUAUUGUUUCAUUUUAUUAGGGCACGAAUAUUGGGAUCUGCAACAGAUGAAAACAAUGAUUCAGAGUAAGUUACACUAGUCCUGUAGAUCAUCUUACAAUGAUUUUAUUCAUGUAUGUACAUGUGUACACCAGGGGUGAAGUUAGGGUUACCCAGGGUACCUGCUUGAUGUUGUUGCAUCAUCCAUGCUCUGAUUUACUUAAUACAAAAUAUUGUUGGCUGAUCAUUAUGUGAUGCAUUAAGAUUCCUCUGAUCCUUUCUUUUUCACGACCUGUGUUGGUAUGUUGUUUGCUAGAAGAAAGAUCUUUGCCUAAAGAGUGUGGUCACAGGCAUCCCAAUUCCCCUUAGCGACAUGCCUGCAUAUAAUGCAAGGUUAAUGUACAUUUUCCAUAGUCAUUUGUUUCAAAUGCUGCUCUUGUCAUAGGAUUGUAUCUGUAGUUUUCUCUCCCUGCAGAAAACACAAAUGUCCUCAAUUAUUGUUUUGCAAUUUACAAAAAUGUACAUGUUACUUUAACUUUCAAUUAUACAGAAGUGAUGUCAGACCACAAUUACUACAAGUGGAGCAGAAACUGCCAGAGAAUGUCAUACGUUUACCAAGGUAGAGUAGAUUGUUUUUUAUGCAAUAUUGUAAACUUUAAAACUGUAGUGUAUUUGGGAAAGAUUGGUACAGAACAUACAAUUGGACGUGUCCUUAUGACUAUUCUUUGUUGUUGGUUUCAUGGUGUAGACCCUUCCAUUGGCGCGAUUUCUUGAGAAGUUAUUGCACUCACAACUUGACACAUAAGUUAAAACCUUGUGUUUUGGUAUUUCACUCACGUGACCUAAUGAAGUCUAGCCAUGGGAUUUUGUUUCCUCGUGUGUAGUCAUUCAUCACACAGACACUGUGCAUCACCACCACCAAUGGGUUGCAGAGGGCCACGAGUGUAUUAUUAUUAUUAUUAUUAUUAUUGUUACUAUUAUUAUAACUAUUAUUAUUAAUAUUAUUAUAAUAUCAUCGUUAUUAUUAUUAUCAUUAUUAUUAUUAUCAUUAUUAUUUAUUAUUACCACCAUCAACACAAUAACAAGAGUGAACCUAGAUGGAAAACAACGUUGGCUAACAUUCUAAUUUAUUAAAAAAUAAAUCCAAAGUACGCUCGACUUGCUUGCAAGCAAAGUACUCUUGGGUGGAAACUUUAAAACGUGAAAGCUUUUUAAGUCUUAAAAGGCAUUAUCUUUUUUCUUAAAAGGCAUUAUAUAUUCACCCAUUGCCACAGAAAUACUGUUGUGCAUCUGUGUUGUAACAUAAAUCACAUGAUCAGAGUGAGGAGGUUGUCUUCAUUUAAUGCUACAUGUAACUCAUAAAUUUGUGCCCCACACCUAACAUCCCUAUAGGUCCAUCUAAUUCCGCGAUCGUAUCGAGUGCAAUCUACGUUUAAUGACAUCUAUGAUAAUGACUAAACCAUCGUUCCAUAUGACAAAUAUGUAAAGGUGUUAGAUUCUAGUUUGCAGAAAAAUGUGCGCUUUAAGGAAAAAAAUACAAACAAAUAAAAACAAUUUAACAAACGAGGCCCAUAACCUCACGAAAGCAAAAACAAAAACAGACUGUGACUAUGGACAGGCUUCCAAAAACACAAAAUGUGGGUUGGUUCUAAUCCCAAAUCUAAAUCAAAAGGUCAUAGAGCCAUGGUUAAACAAGUGGUUUUUUUUUCGAUUUUUAUUAAUAGUUUAUUGCGGUUAUUGUUAACACAAUUAGUUCGUGGGAAUUAGACGCGUUUGACGCGCGUGUGAUGCUACAGUAUAUGUGAGCGGUACUGUGCCUCCUUGCUUUUUCCGGCGAAAGCAUGAGCACGCAACCGUGAAGAAAACCAAAGCAUGAUAACAAAACACGAUAGCGAUCGACUUAUCCUGUUAACUGCAGGUAACAUUUUUUGUGGCGUCUGUUAUUGGUGGAUAUCGAUAGCUUUAACUUUCUCACUCAAUAAAACAUUUGAAGGGGUCUUAAUCUAACGUGAGAAGAUGUAAAUGUCUUACCACGUGCACUUUUAUUUUUUAGGGGUCCAGCUGACAAUGGUUCUAAAGGGUUUGAAUUCGCAAGGUGAAAUUAAAUACACGAUACACAAACUGAUCAGUUGAAACAAAGUAUUUUUCUUUAACUUCAUCGAAAGCAAGGAUCAUAAAUCGGGUAUGGAGCGGAAGCAUUGGCCUAGGGAUAUGUAGCACUCAUCUGUCACUGGAAGGAGUUCCUGGGAACAUUUUUAUGCAUGUAGUGGUUUGUCAUGGGAGUGUGUUUUGUAAUUAUCAAUGUCAGGCUGUCGAGUAGCCAUCUGUGGUCUUCUGCACCUGCUUCAAAAACACAGAGAAAGUCGUAUCAGCUUCACCUGGCGAAACAAAUAAACCCUUUCCCGACUGGACUUUACUUCUGCGGCAUUUCUAGGAAUGCUUCAACAACCCAAGACUGAGUAGUAUUUCAUUCAAUUAAGUACUACCCAGUUCUCUUCAGCAGCGUUGGUACAACAACGUGAAAUAUCAAGAAUUUACUCGUCGAAACCAAUUCAAAUUUCCAUCGACAGGACUUUUAUCCGGUAAUUUUGAUUUGGAAAGCUGUCUUACCGGAAUGGUAGAAUUCGUUUACGAGUCGAGUGUACACUUCACGUUCAUACAGAGUUCCAUUCUGAGUUUAUUUUGGUUUGGAGACCAAUCAGACUUCAAAUCUCAGUGGCUGCACUGUGGGAAUGUGAUCGGCCAAACUUGGUCAAAACUUCAUUCACUGGACAAAGACUCGGUGUGUGUGUAAACUUAAGAGUUAGAGCAACAAUGUACCGAAUUUAGAGUCAAUCUAACUUCGGAAGGCAAUUUUAAAGCGAAAGCAUCUCUUUUUGUAUUAUUUUAACAACAGGUUACUAGAUAGCUGCUAAAAAGGUUUAAGCUCAAAGACCUGGAUGGAAAGGAUCCCUAGAUAAAGGACUGAAACCGUAGUAUUCCCUGUUAGUGCCAUAAACUUUUUCUGCCUAAAAACAUCUUACUCAGCCAUGAGCAACCGAAUCACCGCUUUCAGUCUAAAUAUGACAAGAGCUUUUUUAUUUUUUCCGUCUAUCAUUCGACAAACUUAGUAUCAGUUAACCAAGCCUCCGUGUCAGUUUACUUACGUACAUAGUAAGUCACUUCUUUUUCAGAGAAGAUGACGUGCGCUUUGCACAAGGCUCGGAACACGCGACCCGCGUGAUCUCCAUUUGAUCUCCAUUUGAUCAUGUGAUAGUAUGGGCCACCCCAGUCUAGUCUCCGUUUGACACGCGAUGGUAUGAGCUACUCUAGUUUAAACACUGUUUGAUCGCUUGAUGGCUUGGUUCAUUCCAGUUUGAUUUCCCUUUGAUCGUGUGGUAGUUCUGUCGAAGACAAUUUCGAAGGACGGAAAGCACGCAGUCAUUCACACAAAACGUGCAUGCAGGACAAGGACCAGUUGACUAGAAAAUCGAUAUCUUAGACCCUGUAGCCAGAAUCUGGGUGUUUGAUUCAAUUAUGGAAGUAAUGGUUAGUUCUAUUAUUUUUCGGUCUUUUCGCUUCCUUUCAGGCCAUUUUCUUUUCUCUUUUCUUCUCCGGGACUACCUUAUUUAAGAGGAAUAAGUAUCAGUAUUGGGAUGAAAAGAAUUGAAAAGCGUGGCCUUAAUUUAAAAUUUUAUUGGCUUAUGCCAGGAGGGUAUUUGCCUCCAAAAAAACUUAAGCGUGAGAAUGGAUUUGCCGUACUUUAAUUGCUCUUUAAAAUAGAAUCAUCGGCAUCAGAACUUAUGUAAGAACGUGGAAAUAGACCUGAUGCUUAAAAGGAAACUAUUAAUCCUUUACACCCUAACAUCAAUAUGCAUACUCCCCAUACUGCUCUCUAUGCAUUUUCAAAAGUGCUGACAACGAGAAUGUGUUUAACAAUCCAGAGCUUCUUUAAUGGGUUAUCAUUCCCUUUAAUCUCGUGACCUUAAUGCCGUAGGCUACUAACAGCCAACACCAACUAAGUUGGUGGGCUACUAACAGGAAAGCAUAAUAAACAGGACUUAUAAUGCAUAAUUUGUUGUAGAAGGAGGCCAUUAUCCGUUUUAAAAAUGCGUGUGAAUAACUCUUCGUAAGGUUUAUAGGAUAGUUUUAUCUUAACCGCGCAUACAAGCGUUCGAUGAUCCCAAGUGAGCAAAUGAAGUAAAAAUUUUAUCCCUUUCCCAGAUCGAAAAUAAAGAAAGAGAUUCAGUUUGACUAAAGAAAACAAGGCCAGCGGAAAAAGCCAGCACAAGAGUUUCAUUUUUUAAUCUUUGUUACUUUGCAUGGAAGAAGAACGAACUCGUUUUCUAGAGUCCACAGGUAGUGACAUUAAAAAGCUAAUCUCGAAUGCUACCCCGGAAACUAAAAAACAUUAGUAAAAAAUUUUAGUCAACGUGCGAUACGAAAUUUAAUGGAAGGG